AACACGCCUGUAAUGGUAUGGAUCCACGGAGGAGCCUUCAUUAUAGGAUCCGGAACGAGGCUGUACGAUGCAACCAUACUGUCUUCAUUGAAUGACGUCAUUGUAGUCACCAUUAAUUAUCGAUUGGGGGCGCUUGGAUUUUUCAGCACAGGUGAUGACGUAGCACCCGGUAACUAUGGUUUCUUAGAUCAAGUAGAAGCACUCGGUUGGGUGCAACAGAACAUUGCAGCUUUUGGAGGAGAUCCAAAUACUGUUACAUUAUUUGGCCAAAGUGCGGGUGCCAUAAGUAUACAUUAUCACGUGUUAUCUCCAAUGAGUAAAGGGUUGUUCAAACGAACUAUUCUGCAGAGUGGCACGGCCACAAUAAAGGGAUUUAUGGCGCAAUCCGAUGAUGCAUCUAGGACUAAUAUAAUAGCGAAUGGCCUUGGUAAAUUUGUUGGAUGUGAAAAAGACAACAGUAAAGAGUUACUUGAAUGUCUUCGUGCUGUACCAGCGGACGAGUUUAGAGAUGCGUUUUACGUCACAAAGCUCGCCAUUGCCAACAUGACCAAAAUUAAAGAUAUGAUGAUACCAUUUCCACCCACUUUGGAUGGAGAAUUUGUAAAGGAGGAUCCUUUGAACACAGAGACGAAAUUCAAUGGCGAGGAACUGAUGAUUGGUGCCACGACUGAUGAAGGAUUCAUGAUGUACCUUCCAUUAUUUCCGGUUCAUGACAGCGAGUUCACUGUGAACAAGACUAUGUAUGAGGCGAUGUAUUCCAUGCUUAUUUCAGAUAAGAACCAAGCUGUUUUAGACGCAGUUAAACUGAUUUACGUUGACUGGGACCACGCUGAUGAGGAAGAUGCCAACUACCUCUCAGCGUUAUGUCAGAUGGCAGGGGAUAUGAUGUUCGUUUGUCCAAGUGACUUAGCUGCACGUGCUCAUUCCGCACAAGGAAUUAACACGUAUUUGUACCAGAUGACGCACGUACCAGCAACUACAUUAUGGCCUGUCAAAACUGGUACAUCACUGCAUGCAGAUGACAUCCAAUUCGUCUUUGGUUACCCUCUGCUAUCCGAGAUGCAGCUAGUUCUUGGUGGUAACGAGAAGACUUUAUUUAAGCAGACGCCAAAUGAAAAUGAUAUUCAGGUGUCUUUACAAACUAUGAAGUACUGGACGAAUUUUGCUAAAACUGGUAAUCCUAAUCGUAGUUCUGCAAGUGAUGACGAUAACAACGAUGACUGGCCAUUGUUUACAGUGCCUGGUUUAGCGUAUAAACAACUCUCAUUAUCAAUGGAGAAUAGUAAUGCAUUGAAAGCAAGAGAAUGUGCAUUCUGGAAUCAAUUUGUAAAAAAGCUUCAGCAAUCCGGUGAUACAUGUGUCAACAAAGAAGAAUCUAAAUACUCCGAAGAAGCAAACAGUCCUUAGAAAUAUCCGCAUAUCUCUCGAAAUGAUUUAGAUUUAGAGCACCAAUGGUGAUUAUAUAGUGUGGUUUUGCUGGAAGAAAACAUGAAAUAAUGUGAAUGAAGGAUGUUGUUGAAAAUAAAAUGGCUAUGUUUGUUAAUAAAAUAAUUUGUUAAUAUAAUA